CGCAGCGUCUCCCUGACCAACCUCGUGCACAUCCAUCUUUGCAGCUGCGCGCGAUGUCUUGCUGUACGGACGGCGCGGCCAUGGCGGCACUGCCGCUCAAGCUCCACUUCGUGCUGGUGCCGCUCCUCGCGCAGGGCCACGUCAUCCCCAUGAUGGACAUGGCGCGCCUCAUCGCCGGCCGCGGCCGCGGCGCGCGCGUCACCGUCGUCCUGACCCCCGUCCACGCCGCGCGCAACAGGGCCGUCCUGGAGCACGCCGGCCGCGCCGGGCUCGCCGUCGACUUCGCCGAGCUCGAGUUCCCGGGACCCGCGCUGGGCCUGCCCGAGGGGUGCGAGAGCCACGACAUGAUCAGGGACUACACGCAUUUCAGGCUCUUCUGCGACGCCAUGUCCCUGCUCGCCGAGCCGCUCGAGGCGUACCUCCGCGCGCUGCCGCGGCGGCCUGACUGCAUCGUCGCCGACUCGUGCAGCCCGUACCCGGCGGACGUCGCGCGGCGGCUCGGCGUCCCGCGGCUGGUGUUCCACGGCCCGUCGGCCUUCUUCCUCCUCGCGGUGCAUAACCUGGCCAAGAACGGCGUGUACGACCGCGUCGCCGACGACUUCGAGCCGUUCGAGGUGCCGGACUUCCCGGUACGCGCCGUGCUGAAUCGGGCAACGUCGCCCGGGUUCUUCCAGUCGCCGGGGCUAGAGAGGCACCGGCGCGACAUUCUCGACGCCGAGGCCACCGCCGACGGCCUGGUCCUCAACACGUGCGCGGCUUUCGAGGGCGCGUUCGUCCAGCGGUACGCCGAGGCGCUCGGCCUGAAGGUCUGGGCAAUCGGGCCACUCUGCCUCCUCGACUCCGACGCCGAAACCACGGCGGUGAGAGGUAAUCCCGCCGCCGUGGACGCCAGUCUCGUCGCGUCAUGGCUGGACGCGAGGCCGCCACAGUCCGUGCUCUACGUAAGCUUCGGCAGCGUCGCGCACUUGUUCCCGACGCAGGUCGCCGAGCUCGCUGCCGGACUGGAGGCAUCAAACCGGCCGUUCAUCUGGGUGGCCAAGGAGACCGACGGCCUCGACUCCGGUCUCGACGGGCGGGUGGAAGGGCGGGGCCUCGUCAUCCGUGGCUGGGCGCCGCAGAUGGCCAUUCUGUCCCACCCUUCCGUCGGCGGCUUCCUGACGCACUGCGGAUGGAACUCGACGCUGGAGUCUCUCUCCCACGGCGUGCCGCUUCUGACUUGGCCGCAGUUCGCCGACCAGUUCCUUACCGAGAUGCUGGUCGUGGACGUGCUCGGCGCCGGCGUCCGGACCGGCAUCAAAGUACCUAUCACGCACGUGGUCAGCAACCCCGAGAUGUCGAAAGUGCAGAUCGGGAGGGAGGCCCUGGAGAGAGCGGUGGUUGCCUUGAUGGACGAGGGGGCGGCGAUGCGGGUGAAGGCGAAGGAGCUCGCCGUGAAGGCGACGGAGGCAAUGGCGGAGGGUGGGUCCUCGGACAGCGACCUGGCGAGCUUGGUUCGCCAUGUCGCGGAGCUCGUACAGCAAGGUAAAGACGCCGUGGAGGUCCAUGACGCGCCUGACCUCAGGGAGCAGGAAGAAGAAACUAGUUGAUCCGUCAGGACAAAUAGUGGGGAUCGAUCAGGGCGCAUUUUCGUGGCAGUUUUCCUCAUCAUAUUCAUAGUCAUAUAACAGGUGGCUCGAACCAGAUUAUGAAAUUCUACCUGAUGAAGAUCGGAUCUGGAAGCAGCAGAUGUCAACGGCGUGUUACUUUCAAAAAAAAAGAUGUCAACGGCGUGUCAUCAAAGAUCUUAGUCAACUCAAAAAAAGCAUAUUGUGGUCAUUUACUUUUCAAAACAACUUGUAUUGUGGCUACCCAAUUGCCAGCAAAAUGUAGUAAUCAUUUAAAUUCUUUUUCUA